AUGUGCAAAUGUACCUAUGCGGUGCUGGGCAUAGUAGCAGCACGAUGUGAGGCGGCAAAGGAAUUCCGCAAGGAACUACUCCAGAGCCUCCAAGACAACUGCAAUGCCGGCCCAUCAGGCUCAUUACUACUCCCAGGCCAUCUCCUGACGCUGCCGGCAAGUACCACUGUCAGCCUCAGCCCUGUGUUCCAGUUCACCAUCGAAUUUCCCGUUGACAAGGACGCCCUGCCCACGACCAAAAACCUGGCCGAGAUGGAUAAGGACGGGCUAGAUGUGCAAGCAUAA